AUGAAAAUUCAUGGUACCCACCUUGAUUUUGAAAAGUUUGGUCUAAAACAACAAAGUGAACGAGCAUCUUCAAAUAACGGUAAUAGGGAUCGUCAAAAAUCAACUCGUCAGAAUCAAGUUUAUGCGGACCACUGCCAAGAUAACCAAGCUCAUCAAGAUAAACUUCAAAUUCCCAGGUAUUUACUACAAGAAAUGAAUUAA